UGAACAGAGCAGCAAAACAGACACUCAAAAUCCAACUUGGCUCUUCAGAUUUGAAGGAUCUCUUUGUUACUUCUUGGAUAUUCAACCAAAAUGGCCAGAGCAGAUGGACCACACCGCUGCAUCAUCUGACUAGAUUCUCAUCAAACGUUUGAGUUUUAUGAUUAAGCAAUGUUUCGGUUCCUCUCCAUGCUCCUACUAGCAUCAGCUACAGGCUGGAAGUCUAAAAAAUGUUUUCUUUACGAAGAUGAAGUUAUCAAAGACAACCAGAUCAUUCCGUCUUGCCCGCUGGGAAACCUAACAGCAAGCUGUGUGGACGUCAGUGAUGUGAAGCUGGAUCUUGCCAUGCUUCCUCCUCUUGUUAACAGUCUUUGCCUGGAAGCAGCACAGGGACUGGAGCUACGUCCAAAUGAUUUUAAGCGAUUCUCCAUUCUUGAACAAUUGCACAUCCGAUAUUGUCCCAGGGCCAUUCAUUCUGGAGCUUUUACAGGGUUGCCAAAUCUGCGUCUGAUAUCAUUUGAUGGACUUUUUUUAAAAAAAACAGCCUGUUGCAAGACUUCGUUCUCAGCAAAUGCUUUUGGGCUAUCCAGCUUGAGUGAGCUAUUUUUUUAUUACUACAAUAUGUCAGCAAUAUCAACAGAUGUAUUUAGUGGAAUAAAAGGACUACAAACCUUGCACUUUCAGAGCUGUGGCAUCGAAAUCCUGGAUAUUGCCUGCAAAACUGUUGAACUCUCACAAUCACUGACGUCCCUGUACGUCAGCACCGAUGACACGGUUGUCCUGAGAAACCAGCACUGUCCUCGAUUAGAGGACGCAUCGACGGCCGAACAUUUCAAAACCUUGAAAAGGAUCAGUUUUGUAUUUCCGGGUCUGAAAUCCUUGGGGGAAAGCGUCUUCAAGUACUUUCCAAAUAUUUCCCUAUUAAACUUGCCCAUGAAUUCGGUUCUCAAAAUGCAGCUGCUGCAGUCUGGAGUACAAAAGAUUCAGACGCUGGAGGCAAAACUGGAACAAGGUGGUCUUGGGUCUGUUUGUGAUAUUGUAUACAAUCUUUCAGUCGAAAGCUUAAAAUUAGAAAACGAUUUUUCCCUUUGUGACGAUAUCGAGCUCGAAGGAUGUGCAAGACUGCGAGAAAUGCAACUUGAAAGCUCUUACUUGCAAGAUAAGCUAUGUUUCAUUAGGGUUGUAAAAAAUCUACAAGUUUUGGAUUUGAGAUUCAAAUUUUUGCCACAGUUACUCCAUAAUCUUUGUGACUCACCUGAUAUUUUGCAGCUGUUACAAAAGUUUUCUCUAAAUCAUAGUUUGUUAAGCAGAAUAAAUAGAAGACAGUUUUAUUGUCUACAAAAUCUCCAAACUCUUGAUCUCGCCUUUAAUAAAAUCUCUGUGAUCGAAGAUUUUGCAUUUGCAGGAUUUGAUAAGUUGCAAGGUUCCUACAUGAAGGACAUGGGUUUGCUGAGUGAUAAUCAGACUUUUAAUGGUCUCCGUUGUUUGGAAUAUUUAAUUUUAAGAGGUAAUAAAAUCUUGUCAGUUAACUUUACUGCAUUUGAAGGCCUGACCAGUUUGAAAGUCUUGGAUCUUCACGGCAACCUGAUUAUUCGGAUCGCUGCGAAAUAUUCGAUUCCGUAUCAGGGACUGGAGAGUUUGGAAAGUUUAGACUUGAAGUCUAACAGAAUCACGUAUGUCGAUGACUUCGCAUUCAAGCAACUGAAAAGUUUAAAGACUUUAAUUUUGGAUAACAACAACAUUUCUGAAAUUAGCAGGUUCACCUUCUUUGGUCUGGAUGGUUUAGAGUCAUUGAUGAUUGAAUAUAAUGUAGUUAACCAUAUCGAGCCCUUUGCCCUGAGCAAUUUAUCUGCUUUGCGGAAAUUCUCAGUUGGGUGUCUCAAACAUCCAUCAUCCAUGACCGCAGAGGUCGAGAUCAAUCUCGGUCUCUGGUUUGGCCGCAUUCCGAUAAACCUCACUGAACUCAUUAUCAGCUCCUGCAGCCGCCCAAUGAGCAUCGUGAUCGGGAGCGAGAGCGCCCCCAAACCUGGUCUACAGCUCGAAAUCUUUGGACAAAGAGUCAGUUUCCGAGACUGCGAGAAGCCGUUCUUUCUGUCGGUGGUCGGUCUUAAAGUUAUAGUCAAACAGCUUGUGUGUGGCUCACGCUUCGCUGGGAAAUACUUCAAGUUCUUGGAAAGCUUUGAGUUAUAUUCUCAGGUUAUGAUCACGUUUGAUGAUCUGGUCGAUCUGAAUACACUUUUGCACCUUCGGAAUCUUAAGUUAACAAGCAUAGACCUUUCUGACCAACCUCAUCUUGGUAUCCUGCUCCACAAUCUGACAGCCCUGCAAUUUUUUGGUUUGUACAGAUCCCGAAUUCCUUCCAUUAACGAAGACCUAACUAAAGACUUGAAAUCACUAAAAUAUCUCUAUUUUAGUUUGUACAAUGACUUGAAUGUGAUUGACAACUUUGCCAAGCCACUUUUAAAUCUGAGGUACAUUGUUAUGAUUAACAUGAUGCUUUUCUGCAGCUGUGACAAUGCUUGGUUUAACGAAUGGAGCAUAGACAACAGACAGGUCCAAGUUCUAACAUGGUCGUACCCAAGGGGACAUGCAUUAGCAUGCCGAGACAUGAACGGCAUACAAGACUUUGCUAAGUACAGUGUGUCCAGCUGCUCCCUGCAUGUGGGAUUUAUCUUAUACAUUUCUACUUCUCUUGGGAUUCUGCUUUUCAUGUUAGUGGUUCUGGUCUAUAAUCUUGCUGGAGAUUACCUGCUGGCGUUUAUAUACAUCGCUCAGGGCUGGAUGGACAAAGCCAUCCGAGGGAGCGCUAAGAGACGCUAUCAGUAUGACGUUUUUGUCUCGUACUCGGGAACAGACGAGUCCUGGGUUGUGGAUGAGCUUCUGCCCAAUCUAGAGAGACGAGGACCACCAUUCCUGCAGCUCUGUCUCCACAGUCGAGACUUUCAACUAGGUGUGGACAUCACAGAGAACAUCACUGGAAGUCUGUACAAGAGCCGCCACACGCUUUGCCUGCUUAGCCGCCAAUAUCUCCGCAGCAAAUGGUGCUCUUUAGAGAUGAAGCUGGCCACGGACUACCUGAUAGCCGAGCACAGGGACAUUCUGAUUGUCGUGUUCCUGGAGAAGAUCUCCCCGAAACUUCUGUCCGCUCACCACAGGCUGGCACGAUUUGUCAAGAGGAAAACCUACCUAGACUGGCCCCAGGACCCCCAACAACAGGUGGCAUUCUGGGAUAGACUGUGGGCCAAGCUCGCACCUAAGCCUUUCUGAAGCCAGUAAUCAAUCUCUGAUCUGCUCUCAGAUCAUUUUAUAUAUCAGUAGAAAAUUCUUUACUAACUCUUGAUAUUCAUCAGCCAGGUUUUCUUUAAAGGUUUUAAAAAUAAUGUAAAAUGUUUAUUUUACUUUCAGUUUGUAUUUACUUCUAUAUGGAUCUGUAUAAUUUAAUUGAUUUUAUUUUCAUUUGGCUUUUAUUUCAAUUCUAUCUUCAUUUACACAUUUAUUGACUUUUCUGUAUUAUUACUAUUAUUAUUAUUAUAAUUAUUAUUAUUAUUAUUAUGUCUCAUUUUGAAGCUCUUUUGUACUCUAGUCUUCUGAAUUUUUUUAUUUUUGUUUUCAUUCAUAUUUAAACAGCCUAUUUAAAGUGUAUUUAGUUCAGAACUUUACCUAGUAAAUAUAUUCUGAUUGUUCUAAUUUCAAAGAAUUUUUUCUGCAAAUUAUUUACACGGUAUGCUAAUGAGUGUUGCUUCACUUACUUUGCUACUUAGAAGGUUAGAAUUAACAGCCAUGUCGCUUAAAAAUGAAUAUGACAAACCAUCCAGCAGGGGGAGCUGUUAGCUUAUUUGUUGGGUCUGGGUCGUUCGUACAGAUAUACACUCAGUGUCCAUUUUAUUACGAACAUCAGCAUUCUUGCACUUCUCCAAUUAGCCAAUCAUCUGACAGCUGCUUGUUGAGUAAUGAUUUGCAGAUACACCUCCAGUUUCACGUCUAUUUCAGUUCACGGCAAACAUCAGAAUAGAGGGAAAUUGUGACUGUCUGCAAUGUGGUUGAUGUCAGAUAAUCGGAAUCUAGAGUUCAAAUCAGAAAAAAAAUUCUGUGAGUGAAAAUGGCUUUGUUGAUGAGAGAGGACAGAGGAGAAUGAGGCCUGUUCAACCUUCUCUUCAUGUUCCUCCACCAGCUUAAUUACUACCUUCUCAACCUGUUCCUCGUGUUCUUUACCUCCUCCACCUGCACCUUAUUAAAAGGUUUUAGUUCAAGAACCUCUACAGUAACUACUGGUGUUCCCCAGGGUUCUGUCCUGGGACCACUUCUUUUCAUUAUAUAUAUGCUUCCUCUUGGUGAUAUUUUAAGGAAAUAUGGUACAAAUUUUCACUGCUAUGCGGAUGACACCCAACUCUACCUGUCUGCCAAACUCACCGGUUCUUUUCCUCCACCAUAUUUGUCAAGCUGUUUAGCUGAAAUUAAAGACUGGCUCUCAGCAAACUUUUUGAAGGUAAAUGGCAAUAAAAGUGAGGCUCUGCUUGUUGGCACUAGAUCUGUUGUGUCUAAAUCUAAUCUCUCUAAAUCUCUUUUUCUUUUACAUAUGUACAAUACUGCAAUCUAGAAGGCUGCAUUGGGAUCGGGCUCCCGCGGGAUCCGCGGGACCCAACGCAAAUCUCGCGGGAGCGGGCGGUUUCACCUUUGCCCCGGGCAGAAGUGGGCGGUCAGA